GAGGACUUCCAAUCCACUUCAGUUUGGCGCGCGAUUCAGACCGGGACGACCGCGUUACCAUUGUCUUACUUUUACUGAUAACGCAUUUAUCAACAACGAAAUAUUACCGAAAACUUUCAAAUAAAAUGUAUUAUAUAAAUUUUAUUAUUAUAAAAUAUGUUUAGUUGCCGGACCUGUUUUAUUAACUUAUUAAAGAAAUCUGAUUAAAGAGAAAACGGAAAAAGUUACGACACUUAUUUGAAUAUAAUAGGAGUAAGAAUCAACAAUGAUUUUGUUUAUAAUAAGUGCUGUGUUCAUUGCAAGUGGUGGAGGCGCCCAGCUCAGCGAUGAAAAUUGUGAUGCUGGGGAAUUGAAGGUGUGCGUCGAGUUAAUUCCACGGACACCUGUCGGCCUGCCGAAGACCAAGGAAGAGCUUGACUUACAUUGCACGGCAUAUCAAACGGGUAUGGCAUGUAUGGACGGAUGGAUUAAAAGGUGUUUGCCGACGGAUGGACAGAAAUUAGUGCAGCAGCAAAUUGGGGGCGCUAGAGCACUCAUGCGUUUCCUUUGUACCAACGAGACCGCCCUAAGAAGAGAGUUUUUGAAAGAACCAGUGUGUUGGGGCCGAGUGUCACCGAGCUGGUCAAGGUGUGUCGACGAGUUACAAGGCGCUGUUCGAGAAAUAAGUGAACAAGCACAGCAGCUCACUUACUUUAAUAGAAACGCUGAACUAUGCUGCGCAAGAGAUGCAUUUAUGAUGUGUGUGGCGCACGCGGGUCGUUCUUGUUCAAAUUCAGCCAGUACUCUGCUCAAGCGUAUGGCGUGGGUACUUGCACAAGACGUCGCAGCAUGCAGUCAGCAGCCGAGAGCAUACUGUGCCGCCUCAUCUCCACCAUUCGUAACUCCGAUCCUAACGGCGUUAUACGGUGUAUUACUCUACCCACCACGUUUUUGAACAUGUGAUAUUAGUAUACAUAUAUUAUUACAAAUAAUUAAGUCUUUUCGUUUAUACCUAUGUGUAGAUUUAUCUGUACUUGUUGUUUUUGCGAACUGCGGCAAUUACAUUUUGACUAAAUCAAAUUACUUAAACAAUGCCCCCUCUUCUAAACUGUGCAUCUCCCAAUAGAUGCAAAGUAAGAAUUAAUCAGUUAAUAUUUUGCAGAAAGUGUAAUGUCUGCUAAUAAUGUCGCCUCUUAAUAUAAUUCUCUAUUAUUCUCUGACAUAUUGUUUCCUCCAUAAGAUUACAAUAGUAAACUUAUUUAUUACAAAUACAAACAAUUGCAUGAAAUUAUUACACAAAGGAAACAAUGGGCGGCCUUAUCGUUAAAGGAAACAUAUUCUUGACUAUGAACUCUGAAAAAUGAUAACUAAAUAAUAUAAUACAAAUAUAACCGUUUACUUUGUUAUAUACGAGUAACAUAAAUGUCAAAUUCAUUAUUAGUUUAUGUGGGUGGUUUUGUUGCUGGAACUAAAUAGUAAAAUUAGAUAAAUAUACUCAAGGGAAAUGUAAUUGUUUUAUAGUACAAUGAUAGUUAUCAUAUAUUUUUUUACCGUAAGCCGUUAUUUAAAUAUUACAACCAUAUUCCUAGUCAAUAUGGAACAAAUAAUAUGAGCAAGAAGGGAAGAGGGGACAAGCUGAGAAAAUAUCCAUAGCGGCAAAAGUGGGAGGUAGAGAAGGUUAAAAUGUUUGACAAAUAUAAUACCCGGAACGACAAAAUUGCUAAAUGGAUCACUGGGUCCAUUUAGCAAUUUUGCCAUGGGAUCAGUAUUUUAUUUCAUCUAAAUGCACUUAAAGUGUUAAAUUUAUGUACGCAAUGCUUUUAUUAAAAAAAUCUAAGAAAAAUUAAUAUCUAAUCGAUAAUCAAUGUCUAUACCUGUAUCAUUUAGUUUAUAGAUUUUUGGAUUUACAUAACCCAAGCCAAUUAUUUUGGACGAACAGACUACUAAUUUCAAUAUGUUCUGACUUCCUACAAUGCAUUUAAAGUCGUCACUCUAUCCUGUGGGAGGAUGCCCUACACUGCGAUUCCCCGUACGGAAUCGCCACUCAAAAAGCUUUUGGUGUAUUAUAAUAAUAGUAAUUUUUAUAGUGUAAUAAUUGGAUGAUUAUGAGACAAAUAAUAAAUAGUGAGGCUAUUUUAUUUUAAUAUCAUUGACAGUGCCGAGUAUAAUCAACUAAAAAUAAAUGUUUUUUUCCAGUAGUUGCAGUGCUAUGCUGAUAAAAAAUUAAAUAUCUGUAAUACACACUACAAUAAAUAUCAACAAAGCAAAAACUUCAAAGAUAUUGUAAAAAAAGGUAGCAUGAAUAUAAUGACGAUUUUUCUCUAAAGAUAUUAUGAUAUCGCUUGGAGGAGGUUUCGUAAUCUAUAAUGAUGUCCAGUUUUAUAAAUAACUGACUUUACCUUUUUUCGUUUUCUUUUAUUGUAUCAUUUACAUAUUUUUAUUUCUGGAAAAUUAAUAUUCUAAUAUUACUAAACAUACAGUAAUUAAACUCCCAACUAUAUUAUUUAAAAAAAAAUAUUUUCUAGGAUAAUGUAAAUAUAGAUAUUAAAUAUAAAAUUAAGACGCAGCUAAUUUGAAUCCAUUCCUUUUAUCCAAGUACUCAGAUAAUACUUACUAGUCCCACUUACUUACUGCGUGUAAAAAAUAAAUCCCAUAUAAUAGUAUAUUCAAUUCCAAAUUCAAAGUAAUUAAAAUUCGUCCAAGUAAUUAAAAAAAGGAUUACAGCUUCAGUAGCUUAAUAAAGAAAUAUUUAGGGUAUAUAAGAACUAGAACAGUAGUUUAAAUUAUUUGUAAGGUAUUUCAAGUUAUCCAAUGUAUAGAAUAGUGUAUUUACCAUGGGCGAUACAAAAUAUUGUGAAGUUGGCUAAAAUAAAGAUGUCUUUCAAUAUAUUAAUAUAUUUUUUACGGAUUGUGAUAUUUUUUUACAAUCGACCGGGUUUACUUGCGUAUUGUUUAAAAAAAUUCAAAUUUUUUUUGCUGAGAGACACAUUAUACUCUAUAUUUUGAGCUUCCUGUGUCUUGCUUCCUGUAUGUAAACCGUAGAUACAUAGUUGUCGUAUUUAUGUGAAUAACAUAAAUCAAUUAGUAUAUUGAACGCGUAUAUGAAUUACAGUAAAUCGAGGAUCACGGUCAGAUUCCUAAACAAAGCUACUAAAUAAAAUCUUGCUUAAAGAAGAAAAAGAUUAAAAGAUGUAAUUUUGCCUUGAAGGACGUUGCUUACGUUAUUUAAAAACUAUGUUUAGAUUGUGUUUAGAUGUGGAUUAGAAUUAACGAAUGGUUUGUAAAGUUUUUUGUAAAAGCCGCCAAACUAUUUUCAGCGUAGUGUAUAUUAAGAAUAACGUUGUAAUUUAUUAAAAGGCAUUUAUCGAUCGAUAAAAAUAUAAAUUGUGACAUGAUUGUGACUGAUUAUAAUAAAGACGAGUUGACAAGAGCUGAUUUAAAUUUUGGUAAUUUGUAAUACUGUUAAUGUCGUAGAUACUAAAUUGUAAAAAAGGAAAUAAAUUAAAUAA